UAGAUGUGAGCUGCACUGAGGGUCUCCACGUGGCUGUAGAUCCUGAAACCCGGGUUCUCCCCCUGGUGUAAUCUGAGACCUGGUGUCCACCUCCUCCAAACAUCUGCACUCCUCCAUCCCUCAUCCCUCCAUCUUCAGCUUCACUCCUCCAACAUGGAGGCUCUGGGUGGUUAUCCGUCCAAACCGUCCAGCUCCAGAGCCCGGGUCGUGUCCCUCAUCAUAACCGCGACUCUCUGCAUCUCCUCGCUUUAUCUCCUGCACACAAAACUCUCCAGGAACCGCAACCACGCGGAUUUUUACUCCUUCCAGGUGAAGGACACGAAAGGGCGGAGCGUCUCUCUGGAGAAAUAUCGGGGGAAAGUGUCUCUGGUUGUAAACGUGGCGAGUCACAGUGAACAGACUGAACAGAACUACAGAGACCUGCAGGAGCUGCACCGGGCUCUCGGGUCCACUCACUUCACCGUGUUGGCUUUCCCGUGUGCACAGUACGGAGACACAGAACCGGGGAUGGGCCGAGAUGCAGAGGCCUUUGCCAGGUCCAACUACGCUGUCACUUUCCCCUUCUUCAGCAUGAUAAAAAUCAUGGGAUCAGAGGCGGAGCCAGCCUUCAGAUUCCUCACAGAUUCGGUUCGACAAAUACCAAAGUGGAACUUCUGGAAGUUUCUGGUGAGUGCUGAGGGUCAGGUCGUGCAGGUGUGGAAGCCGGAUGAGCCAAUGGAGGAAAUCAGGAAGGAAGCGACGGCUCUCGUACGGGAAAUCAUACUGAAGAAGAGACACGAGCUCUGAGAGAGAUUCUGUAUGCUGAGGAGGAAAUGUUCAGAGGGUUCUGUGAGGAACGACGCCUCAGUGCGGCGCCGGAUCAGAACGGAGAACUCUAUAUGUGGUGUUGAAGUGAGUGUGUGUGUGUGUGUGUGUGUGUGUGUGUGUGUGUGUGUGUGUGUGUGUGUGUGUGUGUGUGUACAAGGUGAAUUUGUGUGGAGUGAAGUGUGAAAUCUCAGGGUGAACACAUCUGGGAAUCACAAAUAUUUCUAAAUGUCACAUAUUUAAUGCAGUUUAAGUUCAUUUGUCAGUUUCAUCUCGACUUUUAGUGAAUGCACAACCACUUUAAUCAGAGAUUUCAGUUUAUUAAUAAAAGAAAGAAAGAAAGUAAAAAAAAAUAGAAUGUGUCAUUGUGGUACAAUAUUAUUAAAAACUAAAUUUACAUCAUAAAAACGGUAAAACAGAUGAGCUCACUGUCCUAAUGGGCGUGGCCUGUUACAAACCCAAAAAAUUGUGACAUCACUGAAUAAACAGUUUAUUUGUGUUUGUUUAAUUAUUUAAA